AGCGAAGCCAAGCAGCGGAGCAGCAGCAGCAAAAAAGGGAAACGAGGGAACGCUUUGCGAGUCCUGUGCAAACAAACAUUCAGACCGUGAAUACCAAGUACACGUGGGUUCAUCCAGAAAGUUGUGGUGUGGCACAGCCAAACGAGUCCAAGUGCAGUGAAAUGUCCAUAUCGUAAUCCUUCUCCUUUUCCCAUCCUCCUCCCCAGAAGCAUUCUAAUAGAAGUUCCGUUUCGCCUUUUGUUUCCAUUCGAAAACUCCAACGACGCACACAACUGCCACGCUACGCGUUUUAGCGCGCAAACGGAACAUCCUGGCUGGGUCCUGCACGGAGUGUGACGGAGUGACACAGUGACGAAGUGACUGAGGAGAAUCAGAAUAUCAGCUGAAAGCCACUACGAGUGAGCCGUCUAGAAAGAGAACCACUACACAAGCGAGUAACCAAAUAACCGAACCACCACUGCACGUCAACGACACCACCGAUCGCAGCUCUAGCUGCCACACAGCACAACCGCCCAAAUUGUACAGAAGCCACGCCUCGCACGUAGAGCGACGUCCCAUCCCAAUCCCAGCAGCACGAUGGAUCUGAAGCACAGCGGCACUGGAGCGGCUGAGAACACUGAUUCCUAUAUAGCUGCCAGCAAUUCCACAGACAUGAUCACGCCCAAGGAGAUGGAGAGUAAGGGGGCCAGUAAGGUGGGAGUGGGCGUGACGGGUACGGGCAACGCUCCGCCAGAAGGCUACAAAGUCUACGCCCGUCGCUGGGCGGUGCUCAUUCUCUUUGUGUUCUAUUCAGCCUCGAAUGCCAUGCAAUGGAUACAAUACACCAUCAUCAACAACAUAAUCACACGCUACUAUGGCAUUAGCGAUAAAUGGGUGGACUGGACAUCCAUGAUUUAUAUGAUCCUGUAUAUACCGCUCAUAUUUCCUGGCAGUUGGUUCUUGGACAAAGUGGGUCUACGUAUAACCGCCCUAGUCGGCAUCGUUGGGACUUGCAUAGGGGCCUGGAUAAAGGUCUGUUCGGUGGAUCCGUCGCUCUUCUACGUGGGCUUCAUUGGCCAGGCGAUUGUGGCCUUUGCCCAGGUGUGCAUCCUGUCGCUGCCAGCCCGCUUGGCUGCCGUUUGGUUCGGACCCGAUCAGUGCUCCUCGGCCACCAGUGUGGGAGUGUUUGGCAAUCAGCUGGGCGUGGCAAUUGGCUUUGUACUGCCACCGAUGCUGGUACCGAACUCCGAGGAUCUGGAAACGGUGGGCAAGGAUCUGCAGAUGAUGUUUUACAUGGUGGCCGGACUCACCAGCGUGCUGCUCGUCCUGAUGGUGCUAUUCUUCCAGGACAAGCCACCGACCCCGCCGUCGGCGGCCCAGGAGGCUGCCCAGCGGCUAGAGGGUAUCGAAGCCGAGCAGGUCAGCUUUAUGCAGUCGCUAAAGAAUCUGAUUACCAAUCGCAACUUCAUCCUACUGCUGCUCUCCUACGGCAUCAAUGUGGGUGUCUUCUAUGCCAUCUCAACGCUGCUCAAUCCGGUGGUGCUCAAGUAUUAUCCCAACCAUGAGAUCGACGCUGGCCGCAUUGGCCUCAGCAUUGUUCUGGCAGGCAUGCUGGGCUCUGUGGUCUCUGGCAUUGUGCUGGACAAGACGCACAAGUUCAAGGAGACGACGCUGGCGGUGUACGCACUCUCCAUGGUGGGCAUGUGGAUAUUCACAUUCACCCUGGACACAGGACACAUAGCGGUGGUUUACCUAACAGCGUCGCUGCUGGGCUUCUUCAUGACCGGAUACUUGCCGGUGGGCUUUGAGUUUGGCGCCGAGCUAACGUUCCCCGAACCGGAGGGCACAUCUUCCGGGCUGCUGAAUGCCUCGGCCCAGACCUUUGGCAUUUGCUUCACACUCUUCUACUCGGAGCUCUUCACAGCGUUCGGAGACAUUGCCGCCAACACUACUAUGGCGGUGAUGCUGAUUGUGGGCACGAUUAUAACGGCCGCCACCCGGUCUGAUCUGCGGCGCCAGAACGCGCAAGCUGGCAGUGCGGCUGGCAACCCCUAAAUUCCCUCUCUACCCUCUUCCCCAGAAACACCACCCACACCCACACCCACACCACACACCCAACUAUCCUCAACCACACCAGCUCAGUGACAGGACCUGUCGACUGUUUUUAUGUAUAGUACGAGUAUUCUACGCAUAUCAAUUGUUUAACAUUUUUUAAUUUAUUUUAUUGUUUAUUGUUUACUGUAUGUACACUUCCUUUUUAGCCUUAAGUGUUGAAUUAUGAAAUGUUCAUUAAAAAUGCACACAAACAACACACACAACACACACACACACAUAUGAGUAAGCUUAGACAAUUAUUUUUAAAAUUUUAUAUUGGCCAAGGCGUUUAAGGUUUAGUAAGUAAUACAAUGACUUGCAUCGAAAUUCAACUUUAUCCAUUCUGUUGCAACAGUACCGACCAUGCCCCACCACCACACACUCAACAGAGGAUUCCACACAGAGAUACAAUGUUAUACAUAUAGAUAUAUUUAUCCCUCAGUAUUAUAGCCACCAAAUAAUGUAGAGAAUUACUUGUAUUGUAUUCCAAUCGGUCCAGGCAAUCCAAAGCAGGUACCUAAGC